AUGUCUGAAACGCGCGCCGUCACGGUCUAUUGCGCCUCCUCUCUCGGGGGCCACCCCGCAUACGUUCAUGCAGCUAAUUCGCUAGGGAAGGCCUUGGCGAACUCUGGUCGGCCGCUCGUUUACGGCGGCGGAUCAGGAGGGCUCAUGGGGGUUGUCUCGGGCUCAGUCCUCAACACUGGCGGAGAUGUCACCGGGAUCGUUCCUUACGCGAUGGUUGCCGCCGGUGGCGAAGUGGACCAGAUCAAAGGAGAACGCCACGGUCCGUCCAUCGUCUUGCAAGAGAAGGGCCGGGAGAGGGUAAACAAUAUUAUUGUGAACUCUAUGCAUGAACGUAAACUCGAACUGGCGCGGCGAUCAUGCGGGUUUAUUGGCUUGCCUGGCGGCUAUGGCACGUUCGAGGAGGUGCUCGAGGUGGCCUCCUGGUCCCAGCUUGGCAUACACGAGAAGCCUAUCAUUAUCCUAAACGUCCUUGGCUUCUUCAACCCUCUCCGUGACCUGAUCAGAAAUGGGGUCCGUGAGGGAUUUAUUCCUGCACCAAACGAGGCGCUUGUCUGGUUCAUUGACGGACCGGAGUUCGAACAGCAUGAUGCGUAUGACUGGGGACGAGUAGCAAUUGCCGCGCUCGACUCCUGGAAACCCUCGGAACGGACUCAUUACUACGACUGGACUGUGAAAGGCGCAGGACAACAAGGAAGACAAGAUCCACUUGAUGCUGCUUAG